AUGAAUGUAGUAUUUGUCGCCUUGAUUUUGAUUAUAGAACAGUCUAUUCCCAUAGAAAGCGUGUAUUGCAGUGAAUUGGGCUUAAUGGAUUUUUCUAUUCCUCCGACCUUGCCUCUAGACCUGCAAAGUCGAUUGAAUGAGUUAAUUCAAGAUUAUAAAGAUGAAAACCUAACAAGAAAGGGUUAUGAGACCAAAAGAAAGCAACUACUGGAUAAAUUUGAAAUUUCUCAAAUGAGACCCUAUACCCCUCUUCGAUCUCCAAAUUCGAGAAAAUCAAAACGUCUGCACAAGAGAAAUCCCAGUCUAGCAUCAUCCACAAUAUCCACUCCAACCUCUAUCGAUAGGCGACAUUCCAUAUAUCGUGUUACAACCAUGAACUCAAAUUCCGCAAAUGGUACCCCUAGGAGACGCAGUAAAAGGUAUGCUGCUUCUUUACAAUCAUCAUUGCCAGGUUCUGCCGAUGAAAAGGCUUUAGGGAAGGACACCGUUUAUAAUCCUAUGAUUCCGCUAUUGCCAAGACACAUUGAGCCUGAAAUCACGUCCGGUGGGGACACAACAAUGACAGAUUCUUUGCCACUGAUUUUGAGAGGACGGUUCGAACAUUGUGAUGGCCAAACAGCAAUGAUUAGUAUAAAUGCUAAAGGUAAAGAGACCUUUAUUACAUGGGAUAAACUUUACUUGAAAGCGGAAAGGGUGGCUCAUGAAUUAAAUAAGAGUCACCUUUAUAAAAUGGAUAAGAUUUUACUGUGGUACAACAAAAAUGAUGUUAUUGAGUUUACCAUUGCCCUACUGGGUUGUUUUAUUGCUGGUAUGGCAGCCGUCCCCGUUUCCUUGGAAACAUAUUCCCUGCGUGAGGUUAUUGAAAUUAUCAAGGUGACAAAUUCUAAAUAUGUUUUGAUUUCAAACGCUUGUCAUAAACAACUAGAUAAUUUGCAUUCAUCUUCAAAUCAUUCAAAAGUCAAACUGGUUAAAAAUGAUGUUUUCCAACAAAUAAAAUUUGUCAGGACAGAUGACUUGGGUACGUACACGAAAGCAAAAAAAAGCUCCCCUACUUUUGACAUACCUAACAUUUCAUAUAUAGAGUUUACUAGAACGCCAUUAGGUCGUCUGUCGGGUGUUGUCAUGAAGCAUAACAUUCUAAUAAAUCAAUUUGAAACAAUGACAAAAAUCUUAAACUCUCGAUCGAUGCCCCAUUGGAAACAAAAAUCUCAAAGUAUUAGGAAGCCAUUCCAUAAGAGAAUUGCGUCAACGAUUUCAAGGUUUGUCAUUUUGAACAGUUUAGACCCCACCAGAUCAACAGGUUUGAUUAUGGGUGUCCUUUUCAACUUGUUCACAGGUAAUCUUUUAAUUUCUAUUGAUAGUAGUAUAUUGCAGCGACCUGGAGGGUAUGAGAACACUAUCGAUAAAUUUAGAGCUGAUAUUUUAUUGAACGAUCAAUUGCAACUGAAGCAGGUUGUUAUCAAUUAUUUGGAAAAUCCAGAAUCCGCAUUUUCCAGGAAGCACAAAAUAGAUUUUAGUUGCAUCAAGUCAUGUUUGACCUCAUGCACCACUAUAGACACCGAUGUGACUGAAAUGGUUGUUCAUAAAUGGCUAAAGAAUUUGGGAUGUAUCGAUGCUCCAUUCUGCUAUUCUCCCAUGUUAACUUUAUUAGAUUUUGGUGGCAUAUUCAUUUCUAUCAGAGAUCAAUUAGGGAAUUUAGAGAACUUUCCCAUUCAUAAUUCGAAACUAAGGUUGCAGAAUGAGUUGUUUAUAAACCGUGAAAAAUUAAAGCUUAAUGAAGUCGAGUGUAGCAUAACGGCUAUGAUUAACGCAUCAAGUUCUUUUAAAGAUUAUCUGAAAUUGGAGGCAUUUGGUUUCCCAAUUCCUGACGUCACGUUGUGUGUGGUCAAUCCGGAUACAAACACGUUAGUCCAGGAUCUCACUGUGGGUGAAAUAUGGAUUUCUUCUAACCAUAUUACCGAUGAAUUUUAUCAAAUGGAUAAAGUGAACGAGUUCGUAUUCAAUGCAAAACUUAACUAUUCUGAAAUGUUUACGUGGGCAAGGUACGAAAUGCCUAGUAGCGAAUCGCAAGCUGUUACCGAGCAAUUGGAUACUAUUUUGAAUAUUUGUCCUGCUAACACUUACUUUAUGAGAACCAAGCUUAUGGGGUUUGUUCAUAACGGAAAGAUAUAUGUGCUUUCGCUUAUAGAAGAUAUGUUUUUACAAAAUAAGUUGGUUAGAUUAUCAAAUUGGGCACACACAUCAAACCUAUUACAUGUCAAAAAACCCGGCCAGCCUUCUACAAAUAUCAGUAAACCAGUAGUUGAAGAAAUUGUCAAAUCUGCGAAUACCUCAGCUUUGAGUGUUGAAGCAUUUUCUGAAUGUAAGAGGACUGUCGAAUCCCAUUACUUGCAGCAAAUUACUGAAACAAUUGUAAGAACAGUAAAUACUGUUUUUGAGGUUGCUGCAUUUGAAUUGCAACAUCAUAAGGAAGAACAUUUUUUAGUUAUGGUGGUAGAAAGCUCGCUGGCUAAGACAGAUGAAGAGAGUAAAAACAAUGCAGCAACAGAUACUACCUUGGUGUCGUUUAAUGAGAAACAGAAAAUAAAAGUGGAAGCGAAAAUGAACGACUUAACUGACCAAAUCUUCAGGAUCCUUUGGAUUUUUCAUAAAAUCCAACCAAUGUGCAUCUUAGUUGUACCAAGAGAUACUUUACCUAGGAGAUACUGUUCCUUAGAAUUGGCCAAUAGUACUGUAGAGAAAAAGUUCUUAAACAACGACCUUGGUGCACAGUUUGUAAAAUUUCAAUUCGACAAUGUUAUCUUAGAUUUUUUGCCUCAUUCCGCUUACUAUAACGAAAGUAUAUUAUCUGAGCAUUUAUCCAGAUUGAGAAAAAUGGCUCUGCAAGAAGAGUACAGUAUGAAUGAACCCGGCUAUCGUACCGAUGGUCCCGUUGAGUCAAAACUGGCUCUGCAAUGUAGCGGUGUCGAUUAUAGAGAAGAGUCUGUUGACACCAGAAGCCAUACUAAACUUACGGAUUUCAAAUCGAUUUUGGAGAUCCUGGAAUGGAGGAUUUCCAUUUAUGGGAACGAAACGGCGUUUAGCGAUGGUACUAAUUCAAAUAUGGCCAAUUCCUCAAGUAAUAACGAUAAUAAUGUACAUAAAAAGGUUUCGUGGGCGAGCUUUGAUAGAAUUAUUGCAGGCUUUUUAAAAAAAAUUGUGGGAUCAAAAAACCUGCUAAAGCAUGGUGACAGUGUUGUUGUCAUGUGUGAAAACUCCGUUGAAUAUGUGGCAAUGAUUAUGGCAUGUUUAUUUUGUAAUUUUUUGGUCAUUCCGUUACCAAGUAUUAAAGAGGUUACCGUAGAGGAAGAUCUGAAAUUUUUGGUUAGUAUUAUUCAGAGUUACAAAGUGAAAAGGCUUUUUGUUGACGCUAAAUUGCACACUUUAUUAAACGAUAAUAAUACCGUAAACAAAUGCUUCAAAAGAUACAAAAAUUUAAUGCCCAAAAUAACAGUUUUUUCAAAAGUCAAGGUUAAGAAUGCAUUAACGAUAUCUAUGUUUAAAAAUGUAUUAAAGCAGAAAUUUGGGGCCAAACCAGGUACCAGGAUCAAUAUGACACCAUGCGUCAUAUGGAUAAACACAGAAUAUGAUGUGGCGUCGAAUGUUCAUGUGACCAUGACACAUUCGUCCCUACUUAACGCAAGCAAAAUAAUCAAAGAAACGUUGCAGUUGAGGAAUAAUAGCCCACUUUUUUCCAUAUGCUCACAUACAAGUGGAUUGGGGUUUAUGUUCAGUUGUUUUUUGGGCAUUUAUGCAGGUGCUGCUACAUGUUUAUUCAGUCUCACGGAUGUGCUGAUUGAUCCCAAGGAAUUUUUAAUUGGUCUUCAAAAUUUAAAUGUGAAAGAUUUAUAUUUGAAAAUCGAAACGUUUUAUUCUUUAUUGGACAGAGCCUCCAAUUUAAUCGAGGGAUCUAAAAAUAGAAAGGAAACUUUAAAUUCAAACAAGAACAAUACUUCUAGUUCUGUCAGAGGAGAUGUUUUUAAAGGCGUUCGAAAUAUUAUGAUUCCUUUCCCCGAUAGGCCAAGGGUUUAUACAAUCGAGAAUAUUUUAAAACGGUAUUCAAAUAUCUCUCUUGCUUCUACACAAAUAAACUAUCUCUACCAACAUCAUUUCAAUCCGAUUAUCUCGUUAAGAUCAUACUUAGAUAUCCCUCCAAUCGACCUAUAUCUUGAUCCCAUUUCACUAAGGGAAGGUAUCAUAAGAGAGGUUGAUGUAAACGAUAUGACAAUGAAUGGAGGAACUUACAUCAGGGUACAAGAUUCUGGUGUUGUUCCCGUGUGCACAGAUGUUUCUGUGGUCAAUCCAGAAACCCUGUUACCAUGUGUUGACGGAGAAUUUGGUGAGAUUUGGUGCUGUUCGGAGGCAAAUGCGUUCGAUUACUUUGUAUGUAAUGGCUCAAAGAACAAACUGUACAAAGAUCCAUUCAUUACCGAACAAUUCAAGAGCAAGAUGAAAAGUGAGAUGAAUAAUACAUUGAGCUAUCUAAGGACAGGUGACUUGGGUUUCAUCAAAAAUGUCAGCUGUACUAAUUCACAAGGAGAGAUUAUUGGUUUGAACUUGUUAUUUGUUUUAGGAAGUAUUCAUGAAACCAUUGAAAUCUUGGGGUUAACACAUUUUGUUAGCGAUUUGGAGAGAACUGUUAAAGAGGUACACGCUGAUAUUGGUAGUUGUUUGAUUGCCAAGGCAGGCGGAUUGUUAGUAUGCUUGAUUAGAUGUAAGGACCGCCACAACCCUAUCUUAGGUAACUUAACGACAUUGAUUGUUUCAGAGCUAUUGAAUAAGCAUGGUAUCAUUUUAGAUUUAUGCGCAUUUGUGAAGACUAAAGGCAUAAGUCCGAAAAACUCCAGUAUGAUAAUGGAUGUAUGGGCAAAGAAUAGGGCGUCGAUAAUGCAAGCUUGGUUCGAUCAGAGUAUUCAAAUAGAAGCACAAUUUGGUAUCAACUAUGGUGAGAAUAUUUCGAUAUAUUUACUAUCAGAUUACGAAAAGGACAAUAUAUAA